AUGAGCACGUCUCUUUCAGCCCCUCCUCCAACCAGGGAGAGUGGGCAUGUGGGUUCCCGCCCUAAUUCGACAAGCCAGGAAAAGAAGGAAGGAAGCAAGCGUAGAUAUGCAAAGGAAGUCUCAGACUCCCUCUGGGCGGAUGCAUUGGCAUAUUUACUUGCCAUCGUCAUCCUCCUCAAUUUCUGGUCGGCAGCGUUUUUGGAACUGGUUAUGUACGUCGUUUUCUAUCCGCUGUGUCCAUCGAUCUGGUACGUGACACGCAUUUUGGGCGUGAGAUUCGGCUGGCUUUUCCCCAUGCUGUGCCUGAAGUGGUCCAACGUGCGCAUCCGCAUGACGGGCAAGGGAGCCGCAGCCACCUCCUUGGGAGCAAUCCCUCCCUCCCCCUUCUCCUUCUCCUCCUCUUGGCAACGCUACCGAGACCUCUUGACGCCAGGGAAGCUGCCCAGGGCCUUAAUCAUGAUCAAUCACUUGUCCUGGGCGGAUACCUUUGUCCUUUCCCCCUGGCUCCACGCCCACAACAGCGUGAACGGAGACACUUGCUGGCCUAUGUGGAAAGGGUUCAUGCAGAUGCCCUUGGGGUGGAUCGCAUACAUGUCCGAAUGCCCCGUAUUGGGGUACGGGAAAGAAGUGGAUUUGAAAACGAUUCACAGGAGCGUGACACGAUUUUUCGAACGGCGGAUGACCAAAUUUUUCCUCUUCCCGGAGGGCGCCGUGUUCAGAGAAGAAAUGCGGUCGAAGUCACAUCAAUACGCGACUGCCAACAAGCUCCCUUUGCUGGAUCAUUGCCUUCUCCCAAAGCACGGUGCCUUUUACCGGGCGGGAAAGGAACUGCACCGGCAAGGAAUGACGACCCUGGUGGACCUGACCCUGGCCUACCCCCCUGCGUCCUCCCUGUACGACGCUCCCUUCAACGUCCUUGACCUGGUCAAACGGCACGCAAAGCCCCUGUACCUCCCCCUGCAUGUCCGCACUUUUGCCAUGUCGGAGGUGCCCUGGGACGAGGAAGGGAAGGUGCAGGAUUGGCUGAACCAACGCUUUAUGGAGAAAGACAAAAUGUUGGAGGAGUAUUACCAGAACAACGGAGGGGCCUUGGUGGAGGGUGCGGUAGAAGAAGGCUCGCGCUGGCAAGACCUGUUGAUGGAUCUCUGUGUGUGGAUUGUCCUUCAGGCGGUCAUGUACGGAGCUCUGUUGUACCUUGGGAGAAGAAUGCUGGGAUAUGGGCCGGUGUGA